ACCUUUUUAUUUUAGAUAUACCUUAAUGGCGUCCUUAGAGAGCUCUGUUUCAGUAAAUUCUGAGCAGUUAGUGUGCUCAAUUUGCCUAGAAAGUUGGGUACAUAGAACUCCUAGACUUCUACCCUGCGCUCAUACGUUUUGCCAUAACUGUUUGGAGGAUUUAGUAAAAACUGUACGAAACGGAAAGUUUGAUUGUCCUACUUGUCGAAAGAGUACGCAGUUUGCAACGGUGAGCGAAUUUCCAGUGAAUUUCUACUUUUCUGACUUAAAAGAUUAUCAAGGAAUAGUAAGACAAAAUAGUGUUAAUACUCUUUGCCCUAUUCAUAAUUCCUCGGCAUCAUUAAUAUGUGAAACUUGUAAUUAUGCGGCUGUUUGUCGAGCUUGUACAGCUUUACACCCUGGUCACGAAUUAAGAGGUUUACAAGAAUUCUUGGAAACUGCUAAAAUGGAUCUAUAUUCAAAGAAAUUAGAUUUUGAGAAAGAAAAGGAAAGAUUAAUUGUUUUAGCAAGAAAAGAAUUGGAAAGGAGAAAAGAGAAGCUAGAUAAUGAUUAUAAUGAUCUUUGUAAACAAAUAUCCCAUCAAACUUAUAAUUUAAUUAAACCUUUUGAUAAAUUAUACGAAAGAAAUUUUACCUUAGACGACGCCAAAAACUUGUAUGACAUUACUAUGAAUUACUUGAGUACCAAAUGGCACAAGUGGAUAGAUUAUGAACAAAAUUCAUGCGGUAUUGUUGAAGUAAAGACAAGAGAAAUAAAUUGGUUUGUACCAAGUUGUAUGGAAAAAACUGGUAAGGAAGAUGAAAAGGAUUUUUCUCUGUCGAUUCCCAGACAAACGUCUGCGAUUAAUCAUCAGCAAGGAGUAUCUGUUAAAACAAUUUUAACGUCUAGUACUUUAACAAACAGUAAAAUACUUCCCAGUACCGAAGUAGAUUUCGUUGAAAAGGACAAUCAAUUAUGUAUCUCUGAAAACAAUAAUUUUUAUAAUAGUCCACCAAUACGCCAAGAAGAACAUCAGAAAAGUUAUCUAAAACAAGCUAAAGCAGAAACGAAAAGUUAUAAAAGUCAAGAGGUAACGUGCUGCUGCUGUACGGAAAAUAUAAGGAAUAUAUCUGCAACAGCGCUAGGUUUAUUUGUUCACUACAAAGUAGGAGAACACCGAUUUGUUCAUUUGCAUAACCCAGAUAACUACAAUCUGCUACAGGAAAUAAACUUUCCUUAUAAGAGUAUAAGCUACGACGAGAACAACAAAUACUUGUUUGCUUUAGAUACCGAUGAUCAAAUAUUAUUUUGUAAAUGCCAGUCAAGUACAGAAGAAAUGAUAUUUACGUUUUGGCAAUCUAUGAAUGAAUCGUGGAAAAGUAUCAUUUCAGAUCAGAAAAGUUUACUUGUCCUACAAAACGACGAAGAAUUAUAUUUAUUUGAUGUUAUGUAUGACCAAACUGCACCAGAACUAUAUGGAAACCAAACAGCUUAUGAUAAUUUUGAAAAAAGUAGUGGAGUUUGUUUUAUUGAUAGAAGAACUCUUAUAUUAGCAGAUAAAAAAGAAAAUUGUCUUCAUCAAAUACUAAUAGGUCGAGAUAAGACAAUAACAAAAUCAAAGCUGGAUUAUCCUUUAAUAAAGCCACUUUCAGUGGCGUAUUCACAACGUAACCGAGAGAUAAUUGUUGGACACGGCAUGUUACCAAAAUAUAAAAUUACUAUUAUUAAUCAUAUGAACAACUCAGUUGUUCGUGACAUACUCCUUAGUUACCAACCGAAACGUUUAGCAUAUUUUGACGAUUUACAAAUGCUAUAUGUCCUGGGAGGGGACGAGUUACACAGUUAUUAUCUAUAA